GACGCCCGUCUUACAGCACACAACAAACCUCGUCUUCUAAGCAUCCUUUCUCGCCGCUUCUUCGUCCUUUUCUCCCCCGUGCUGACACAACCCUCCUCAUAUCUUCAGCCGCCGGCUCACACAUCUCUACACACCAUCUCACCAUCAUUCCACGGAACCAGACUUUGUCUGCUAUGUUCUCGGCAACCACUAAUCUUACCGUCUUUGCACUUUCUCGACUUCCCCUCAUUGUCUUUAUGUCUCGCUCCGAUGUCCGACCGGUGGUUACCGCAUCUUCCGAAGCCACCGUAUCUAAGUCACUUCUGCGUAUUACCAGCUAUCAGUGGGAGUAUCAACCUGUCUGGCAUAUGACUAUCCUGAAAAUCAUGCUGCCUACAAUAUGCGGUAUCACUCCUUCAAGCGACGGCCUCCGAGUAUAGCACAUAGUACAGCUACUCUGAUCUCUCCAACCCAACUCCAAUCAUCGUACCAUACUUGCUUUUGUCACUCGUCAAUACGUUACUCCAGAACCCAUCAGCCACGUCUGCCAAACACGUACUGACACUAUGACAGAUCUUCGGGGACUCUUCUGAUUAAGUACACCCCAUCAAGAUAUGUAAAUGUUUUCUGUUGUGCACCUCAUCACCUCAAGGGUCCACCUAGGGUACUUCCGUCAGCUCUCCUGCUGCAUGUCAUGCCAACCUCCACCAUCACACAGCCCAACGCCUCUGACCUUUCUGACUACGUAGACUCCUGACUUCAAUUUCGACAUCACACGCCAUAUUUCGCGAAUAAAUAGCUGCAUUCUUCCCACCGAGGCCUCAAGUCGCGUGUGGAUCACUUUCUAUUGACAAGAACACUCCCAUCUGUUACUAUUUCAUGACAGCCUCUGCCACAACUCACAAACGUUCGCACAAUCGAUCGUCCACGGAUGAUGGCACCCUAUACUAUAGCGCCAUAUUGCCACGUUUGCAUCCCUGCUGCCUUGCGUACUAAUUGUAUACCAAGCAUUGCAGCGCCCAGCAAACGACGACGUCGCCAG